AGGAGGCCUUUUCUAGCCCAGUGAGCCAGGUCUUUUGAGCAAGAGCGCGAGAUGCUACAGGUUGGGCUAAGUUAUACCAGCCCAGCUGGGGCUCACACAGCAGGCUUCCCUUCAGAGAGAACAAGAGAAAGAGCAAAUUCCAUCAUGGACGAUCUAAAAGAGGGCAACCAGGGAAUCGUGCAAGAGACAGCCACACCGCCUGAAGUCCUCUUGCAAUUUUCCUCCAAGGUUGAGAUGUGGGAGGGUGAUAGAACCUCCCACCAAGGCUGCAGUGAAUAUGUGGACCAAAACAAGAUUCCCAUGUUGAAUGAGCAGCUGAACACUCAUGAAGAGCUCCUUGGCAAGUCUACCAAAGAACUGAAGAAGCUGGCAAGGGAAGGCUUUUGGGCUAGAAGUCACAUUCUAAGGGCACAGGCUUACCAGCAUGUCAUCCAGGAUAUACCUUGCCGCCUCAUGACCCCUGAUGUCCAAGUCUACAAGGAUGUUGCCAGCAAGUUAUUUGGAAACCAGAGUGAAACUUUUGAUCCCUUGCCUGAAUUCUUGACAGGAAGCAUCAUGCCAGAUUACUGCCUCACCCAAGAAGGGGUUGCUGUGGUGAAAAAGAUACUCAUAUGCAUUUCCAACCUGUACCCGGACAUCACCUAUUGUCCCCUGCUUCCAGCUGUGACUGCCCUGAUACUCCAUUACUGCCAAGAUGAGGCCCAGUGCUUUGAGAAUACCUGCCGGCUCCUCUACUGCAAUGCCCCCCACACCUCCUACAUAGACCACUCUUUCCUCACUCAUGAGGCCUCAUGCAUGACCUUUGGGGACCUUGCCAACAAGCACUGCCCAGCGGCCCACCGACUGAUAGCAAGUUCAUCCGACAACAUCUUUGAGGUGUAUUCUGAGUGGCUGGUAUGGCUUUUUAAUGACCUGCCCUUUGACUACAUCAUCCGCAUCUUUGAUGUCUACCUUCUGGAGGGACAGAAGGUCCUUUACCGAAUUGCUCUGGCUUUGUUGAGGCAGUACCAGAUCUCAGUGGAUUCCAAAGGACUGGAGGUGACUGAUGUCAAGGGAAGCCUGCAGGGUUUCAUGUGUGAUAUUCACAACCACAUGACUGCCGAAAAGCUCCUGGAGAAGGCAUUUGGGAUCCGUCUUUUCUCUCGCAAAGAAAUCUGGCUCCUUCAGAUGGCAAACAAGAAGGCACUUGUGGAAAAAGGGGUCACUGUGGUGCAGCACAGGCAACCAUUCCAUCUUACAGUAAAUGCACAAGAUUUUGCAUCUGCCAUUGUCAGUAUCCAGGAAAUGCGCAUUGUGUGGUCCUGGAUCCCUGAAAGAUUUUCUUUGUUCUCACCUGUGCUUUUAUUCUCAACUUCUGAAGAUGGGUACAGCUUGCAAAGGUUUUACUCCUGCUGUGAAGGCUAUGAACCAACUGUAUUGUUGCUAAAAACCACCCUUGGGGAAGUGUGUGGAGCAUUUCUGUCCUCUGACUGGAAUGAAAGGAAAAAAAACGGGGGUGCAUCAAGUUUCUUUGGCACUGGAGAAUGUUUUGUUUUCACUGUGUGCCCUGAAAUGGAGCGAUAUGAGUGGGUGUUCAUCAAGAAGCCUGAACAAGCCAAAGCAAUGCCUCGCUCCCCACGCCAGCGUUCCCCAUCUCCCUUUUCCUCAGAGGGCCGGACAGCAGCCAGCAAAAACCACCUCACGGUGCCAAAGUUAGACGUGAUUAAAAAACGCCUCUCUCCAUUCCUGGCAGUUAGGCACUUCAAGUUGCCCUCAAAAACGGCUUCUAUGUUUAUGUCUGGAACUCAUGAAGGAAUUAUCAUAGGUGGUGGUGGAGGCCAGGCCCUGUCUCUUGAUGCUAAUCUGGAUCACGGGAGAACAGAACACUGUGAAACAUUUGACAACCCUCCUCUCUGCCAAGAAAAUUUUCAAGUGCAGCUUUUAGAAGUCUGGGGCUUUCAGAACUCUUGAUGACCCUUUUAAUCCCACAGGAUGAAAUAUUUUAGACCAAGGUUGCUCCUCAUAGCUGCUCCUGGCAGCUCCUGGCGGAGUAAAAGACAACACACAGCUGGAUAUGUCAAAGAUUAAGAACAGAUCUUUUUUACAUUUUUGAGGAUAUAGUCUGAUAAUGUAGUAAUUUUGGCAGGAAUCUCUGGGGAAUAAUAAAAUAUAUUAGAUGAUCUGAUUUAGCAUUUAGCCCCCAAACCAUUCUUCUUGGUUGUCUGAAAAGUUUAAUUCUGGACAAAGAUGUGCAAUUGCUAUCCAUCCUGAUUGUUCACUUUGAUUAGACAAAACAUAUCAGACCUGAAAACUACAGGAACU